AUGCCGGUGCCAGUGAACAUCUUCCAAGACGCCGGAGACAGCGCGCUGAACUUUGCGCCACCAACGCGGGGCAUGAAGCGCGCCCACGAACUCGACCUGGACGAUGACGGAGACGGCGACACACCACGGAAAGGUUGGAAACGGCUGACAACCAAAGAAGAAGUCACCCUCUUCGAGAUCUGCAAUCACCACGCCGACAGCUUCGGUCGACGCAGCGAUCUCUGUAAUUGGUGGAAGACCGUUGCAACAGAGUUCUCCCGCGCAAAUGGCCGUCCAUAUUCGUGGCACUCGGUGCGGAGGAAAGUGGAAAUGUUGACGAAGAAGCGCAUCAAGUUCCUCGAGGAUCAGCAGCAGCGACAGCGAGAUCUGUCCGGUGCGAACCCGGUUCCUGACGUGAUGAAUCCGCAAUGGUGUGCUGUGCUGGAUACUUGGAUUCCGACUUGGCAAAGCUGGGAGGAAGCUGAGGCGCGUCGGAUCGCGAAGCGGGACGCGACGUUUCGCAAGCGCUCGAGGGGGAAACCUGAAGGGAAUCUUGAUGAUCCGUGGAAACUUCAGCCCCGGGCAGGUCCGGCUUUGGAACCGGUUGAUCUGACUUCCCCAACCAGCCCUGAUGAUACUGGCAUGGAGGCGAAUGAUCCUUACGAGGGUCCUAUCGUUUUAGUUACGAGGAGUCCUCAAUCAUCGGCCGUCCCUGCAGCAACACCUUCGCUGGACAGGCCUUCUAUUCCAGCUUCUACAGGUGGCGUCAGGCUACCCCCAGGAUUCGACACGAUGUUUUCCAACAACCAUCCCCAGCCGAACCGCUGGCCUUCAACCUUUACACCAGCACCUAGGGCAGCAGCAGAACCAUCAUCAGAUCGCCGCGUAUUCAGCGCUGUCCUCGAAACCCUCGGCAAACUCAAUAAACACCUCGAUGCAGCAACAGGCAAUAACAAUGGUGCCCCCGAUGCCCGUUCUUCGCCGUUAAUAUCAGCGCUGGUCCAAUCAGCCACUGAGUCCACGACCCAGAACCAAGCUUCCUCCGAAGUGUCACAACAAUCAUCUUCAAGCAACAUUUCCUCCAGGGAAAUUGAACGAAUUAAAGAAGAACUGCGACAAGAAAUGAAGGAGGAAUUGCGUCGGGAGAUGAGAGAAGAAUUACGUCGGGACCGUGCCGGAUUAGAAGAGAAGCUGGACUCUGUUCAGCGAACACAGGAUAUGAUUUUAGAGAUGUUGAGGCAGGAGCCGGCUUGA